AUGAGUCUGAUCGCAGUAAUUCUAGGAAUCUAUAUAAACCUCGGGUGUGUGGCGUUAAGCACAGGAGUUAUAGACAUCUCUGACCCUAAAUCCAGAGAAUUGUUCUCGGGGCCCACGAAAAUCGGCAACGCUCACUUCUAUAAAUACACAUGUAACGACGACGGAAGUUACUCCAACGUCUUCGACAAAAACUUUCAAAUCUUCCCCCUGAGGGCACACACGAGACUGGUGAACAUAGUCCUGGCCUGCAAAGAAAAGGACGCGGAGCUCCUGCAGCUGAUGUACUGCGACGUCAAAAAGGACCUCAGGCUAAACAACCUGUACUAUAGAAAGUCGGAGGAAGCCUGGAACCUGAUAGAUCAAGCAACGUACAAGUCGGAGCUGUCAAACCUGAAGAAUAACUACGUGUCGUUCCAGCUUAACGAAGAGGAGCACGUGGGAUUCAAGAAGGUGAAGUCGGCAGAAGAGGACGGCUACGACUCAUACGUGCUGGAAGAAGAGUACGAAAUGGACAAAGUGUACGAAAAUAAGCUGGUGGUCUGGGAGAGCGACCCGAACUACACAUUUAAGUCGCUGGACCUGGCGAAGACGAAGGACGGCACGGAGCAGCUGAGAAUACAGUUCUCGAACUACUGCUCGGAGGUCUCGCAGUUCUACAAAGUGUCGGCAGGAAGAUGGGUCCUCGACAUAGGAACGAGGAGAGUGGACCUGCGCUCACUGUACACGCACGGCAGCGAGAGAAAUGAAGGACACGGAAGGACGAAGGAGGAGGAGGCCUCGGACGCGGAGUACAUGGGGUCGGUGCUGAAGGAGUACGACGAGGACAACGAGUACGAGGACCCAGUGACAAUCUCAGCCUCGGACCUGUGCGACGUGGAAAUGGGCUUCGGAGAAGUGGAGUUCAACGUGAGCUUCACGAAGGGAAGUAACCCGGAAAUGACAGUGAGGCACUACACGACCUACGAAAUAUCCAACUACGAGUUCCUGACGCUGCGAGGAGCGCGACUCAACUGGGUCAGAGACGGAGAGUGGCAAAUACUGGACAGAGAGGAGGACGACCAGUGGUUCUACAACGCAAAGCUGGCCUUCGUGCCUGAGCACGACGUGGCGACGGUGGCGCUGACGACGAUUCGAAUGAAGGAGGGAGCGUGCGACGAGGAAACGAAGAAGUGCAAACUCGCACCCUUCAGCUUCAAGCACUUCUUCCACAAGAAGAAGGCGACGGUGUGGUCCUGCCUGGAGCAGUUUCCCUACUACUACGAAAUGAACACGCUGGUGGAGGUGGCCUCGCAGCUGACGAUGAAGAGGAUGUACGAGUCGCCGCCAGUGACGCCGACGCACGUGCCCUCGACGAUGUACCUGGACUACGGAGGAAAGGUGCCCUUCACGUACGAGAUCAACAACCCAUUCGAAAACAGGCUCACGCAGGACCUGCUGCACACGGACCCGGACUUCAUAAGGCUGAGGCCGAAGGAGGGCACAGUGAUGAACGCAGUGGUCGACGGAGCCUCUUUGCUGUGGGAGCAGAAGGAGGCGGGCAACGGCGUCCUCAUGAUCUACGUCUACAAGUCGGAGAAUAACCUGGUGGCGCACCUGGUGGUGGACUCGGCGACGGAGCCGCACCUGUUCAUAAAGCAGCACAGGGGCAGGUGGCAUUUUAUAGACAAGGAGGAGUACGAGAGCCUGAAGGACGCGCCGAUGGUGCCGAAGAAGGCGGGCCUCUUCAAAAAGCAGGAGACCCAAGUGAAGGUGGUGGACGAGUACUCGCUGGACCCGGACUCGGAAUUGGAGGUGGCGCCGGAAGCGGCUGACUCCGAUUCCGGGUCGCCAUCGGAUCCACCAGCGCCAGGGUCGGCGGAUGCUGAAGGGGACUCUGCAGCCGCAGAAGCAAAGGCGGAAGCUUCCGAAAAGCCAUCGGAGUACGACGACUUUUACAUCAGCGACUCCCGUGCUGGCGACUCACAUCAGAGGGCGAAGUGUCCUUUUGGUCAUGGUUCAACAGACACAGCUGACAGCCACCAUAACACCGCCAAUGAUAGUCACAAUAAUAACGACACCCAUAACAGCCACCACAGCGCCCAUAAUCAAUCACAAAAGUACCCUCGCAACGCCGUUUCAGCAUUUACUACGGACUUCAUGUUUGAUACGGACGACGAGUUUGAACCUCCCAAACGUCCCGUUAAAAUUAAACGGUCAUCAAUAAAGAACCAAGCUCCGCGGAAAUCAGUAACGAUCGACAUAUCUGACGACUCGGAAGACGAGCGCGGACCAGGAUCUCCAGCAGCUGACGAAGAAGAGUUGUAA